AUGGCAUCCAUGAGUAACGGGAAUACACCUACGGUCCUCGACGACGCUACCAAACCCCCCGCGGGAGUGGUCUUGCCACCGAAGGACAUUCGAGCUGGAUAUGUGGCUCGCAAUGGCGCCGUUUUUGAAGACCGUGUACGCGAGAAGGAGCGGAGUAACCCCAAAUUCUCCUUCUUGAACUCGAAUGACCCGUAUGCACCGUUCUAUCAAUGGCGUCUUAAUGAAAUCAAGCAGGGGAGAGGGACUGAUGUGUCUGCUGGCCGCCCAGGCGAGCCGACCCCAACUCCAGCACCUGAAGCACCCAAAGGACCUGCACCACCUCCAGACUUUCACUUUUCAGCACGAAUGCCGAUAAUAAACGCGCAAGAUCUAGAGGUCGUACGGCUCACAGCCCUCUUUGUGGCCAAGCGAGGAAAGUCGUUCAUGACUGCUCUCUCCCAGCGCGAAGCGCGGAACUUUCAGUUUGAUUUCCUCCGUCCGCAACACAGUCUCUACCAGUUUUUCACGCGACUGGUCGACCAAUACACCAUUCUUCUUCGACCAGAAGGAAUAGACGAAGCGACGUCCCAAAAGAAGCGAAUUGCGGAGUUGGAACAAAACGUGAAAAACCGGUUCCACGUUUUAGAGCGCGCAAAGGCGCGCGCGGAAUGGGUCAAAUACCAGGAGCAACAGAAGCAAAAGAAGGAGGAGGAGGAAGAGAAGGAGCGGAUAGAGUAUGCUCAAAUUGAUUGGCAUGACUUCGUGGUUGUGGAAACAGUUCUUUUCACAGAAGCGGAUGAUCAAGUUGACCUUCCUCCUCCAACCUCUCUCAACGACUUGCAGUCCGCCUCACUGGAGCAGAAAGCAAUGAUGUCGCUGAACCCUCUCCGUAUCGAAGAAGCCAUGCCAACCGACAUGGAAACUCCAACAUACUACAACGCCUACCCCGCCCAGCCUGAACCACAACCCUUCGCUCAACCUGUUGGUCCGGUAUAUUCCCCACAGCCGCCACCUCAAGGCAUUCCUACUCCACCAGUUGCCGCAACUGCUGCAGCUCAGGAAGAAGAACAGCGCAUUCGGGAGCGCAUGGAAGCCCGCGAACAAGCCGCCGCCGUCAAAGCAGCCCCCAGUCAACAACCGAUGCGGAUCCGCUCCGAUUACGUCCCGCGUGCGCAAGCACGCCGUCAGAAUGCAGCAGGCGCUAUGGCACUCUGUCCAAACUGUAAGCAGCAGAUUCCCGAAGCCGAAUUGCAGCAGCACAUGCGUAUCGAAAUGCUCGACCCUCGCUGGAGAGAGCAACAGGCCAAGGCGCAAGCCCGAACUGCAACAACCAACCUCUCUACAGCAGACGUGGUCAAUAAUCUUAAGCGCCUCGCCAGCCAACGCAGCGACGUUUUUGAUUCCACCGCCGUUCAAUCCGCCCCUAACCCGGAGGAAGAGGCUAGGAAGAAGCGCAUGGCGUUUGAAGGGCCCCCCGGUGCUGGGCCGAUGCAGCAGCAACCGGGUCCGGUUGGUCCCAUGGGAGGACCGCCGAACCCUCAAAAUAUGAAUAUUGAGGAACAAAUUAGGAAUCUUCAUGAGAGGUACAAGCAAUGA